CAGCUGUCUCCAGUUGUUGGUCACUCACGCGUCUCCCACAUCAUACGCUCUCUCUCUCAACCCUAUAUAUACCAAUCCCUCUCUUCCUCUAAACCUCACAUCCAAUACUCUACAAAACCCACUAUUCUCUUCUCAAAAUGGGGUCUUCUUCAAAUGGGUAUUCAUUUUUUGGCUUGGUUUUUGCAAUGGUUCUGGCUACUGCCUCUGCUAGUAACUUCUAUCAAGACUUUGACAUAACAUGGGGCGAUCAUCGUGCUAAGAUCUUCAAUGGAGGACAGCUUCUGUCUCUCUCUCUGGACAAGACAUCUGGGUCUGGGUUUCAGUCCAAGAAGGAGUAUUUGUUUGGGAGGAUUGAUAUGCAACUCAAGCUUGUUGCUGGUAACUCCGCUGGCACUGUCACUGCCUACUACUUGUCUUCUCAAGGGCCAACCCAUGAUGAGAUCGACUUCGAGUUCUUGGGAAACCUAAGUGGAGAUCCUUAUAUCCUCCACACCAAUGUAUUCACUCAAGGGAAGGGCAACAGGGAGCAACAAUUCUACCUUUGGUUCGACCCCACCCGUAACUUCCACACCUACUCCAUCGCCUGGAGCGCCCAACACAUCAUUUUCUUGGUGGACAACGUUCCCAUAAGGCUAUUCAAGAAUGCAGAAUCAAUGGGGGUUCCCUUCCCAAAGAACCAGCCAAUGAGGAUAUACUCAAGCCUCUGGAAUGCGGAUGACUGGGCCACAAGAGGAGGGUUGGUGAAAACUGACUGGUCCAAGGCACCCUUCACAGCAUACUACAGGAACUUCAGAGCCAGCACUUCCACCUCCACAAGCACAUUCUCUGACAGUGCCUUCCAGACCCAGGAACUUGAUGCCUACAGCAGAAGAAGGCUGAGAUGGGUUCAGAAGAACUUCAUGAUUUACAACUACUGCACUGAUCUCAAACGCUUCCCUCAAGGUGUCCCUCCUGAGUGUAAGCACUCAAGGUUUAAUCUCUAGAACUGUUUGGGUGGAGUUUGUAUAAUUAAGGGUGAGCCAUGAAUAUUCUUUUGUUGUUUCCUCUCCAUUAUGGGCUUGAUGCUUAUAACAUAGGGUACAAAUAAAUUAUUCUUUGCUUUGUAUUUAAAGGUUAAUUGGUGUAAUUUAUCAAUCUGUUUUUGUAUUUCAAAUAAAUAAUAUAAUAAAUUAUAUGGUGUUGUAUUUUUUGAA